CUCUCACCACACCACCUCUCUGCAUUUCCAACUUGUAAAAGAUUCUAAAUGUCCUUCCAAAUGUUCCUUCACUGAUAAUAAACACUUGGCUCUUUUCUUUCUUUUCUUUCAGUAAACAGUAAACUUAUCUCUCUCGAUAAAUAUCUCCUGUGUUUUGUAUUUGAAUCUCUGUUUCUCUCUCUCUCUCUCUCUAAAUUUCCAUUUUUGAAUCUAGAGAAAGAGAUGGGAAAAGCAUCGAGGUGGUUUAAAGGUCUGUUGGGUAUGAAAGAUAAAGAAAACGUAAACAAUUUGAAUUCAGGCGACCGGAAAGACAAGAAAAGAUGGAGCUUCGGAAAACCCUUGAAGGAAUCCCAGUUUCCGCCGCCGGUGCCGGCGAAGAUGUCUAAGUUUAAUCAGUCAUCGGCAACAGGAAGUGACGCCACUUGGUUGAGAUCUUACAUGUCGGAGACAGAAAAGGAACAGAACAAACACGCAAUUGCCGUCGCUGCCGCCACCGCUGCUGCUGCAGAUGCCGCCGUGGCAGCGGCACAGGCCGCCGUGGCUGUUGUCCGGCUCACAAACCAGAGCAGAGGAAGCCUGUACGCCGGUGGAAAAGAAAAACGCGCCGCCGUUAUGAUUCAAAAAGUGUUUAGAUCCCAUUUGGCUCGAAAAGCGUUCAGAGCUCUAAAAGGAUUAGUGAAAUUACAAGCUCUUGUACGAGGUUUUCUCGUGAGGAAAAGAGCAGCCGCCACUCUUCAUAGUAUGCAAGCUCUCAUUAGAGCUCAAGCUGCAAUCAGAUCGGAAAGGGCUCGUCGUUCAUUCACAAAAGAUCACGAAUUGCGCCAUAGAAAAUCCAUUGGGAGAUUUGAGAUUGAGAGAAACGAAUUCCAUAGUAAAAGACUCUCAGCUUACGAAUCUUCAACAAAUUGCUACGAUGGAAGUCCAAAAAUAGUCGAAAUCGACACCUACAGGCCACACACAAGAUCCAGACGCAUCAACACUUGUACAUCUGAUUCCGGGGAGGAAUCACAAUUCCAUUCCAGCAACAUCCCGUCUCCCCUACCUUGCUCGAACCCCGCAUGUAUCUCAAUUCCAGAGUUCCACAAUCUUCAAGAUUUAGAAUGGGGAUUCGCGGGUGAUGAAUACAAAUUCUCUAACACAGCUCAAAGCACUCCAAGAUUCCGGUCAAAUGCUCCGGUGACACCUGCAAAAAGUGUAUGUGGGGAUGGAUUUUUCCGGCCAUAUUCAAACCACCCAAGUUACAUGGCGAGCACACAGUCAUCAAAGGCAAAACUGAGGUCGCAUAGUGCCCCUAAACAAAGGCCGGAAUCAGGGCCUAAGAAAAGAUUGUCUCUUAAUGAAAUAGUGGCGUCAAGAUAUAGUUUAAGUGGUUUAAAGAUGCAGAAGAGUUGUUAUCAAGUUCAAGAAGCUUUUGAUUUGUGAGAGUGGUUUUGGUUAACUACUUAGAUUAUGAAUGUGUUAUUUCACCUCAAUAGGAUCAAUUGCAUAGAUGUAAACAAGAAAUCCUUUUUCUUGCUACUUCAAUAGGAUAGAAAGUCGAACAUGGGUGUUGUGUAAAUUGUAUUCAAGU